AUGGAUGAUAUCUUCGUAUUGCUGCUUGCUUCCUCGUCGUUUGUUCUUCUCUUUGGACUAGUCUCAAAGCAUGUUAAGAACAACCUGCUUCUAUCAGAGUCAUUGAUUUCGGUAUUAGUAGGGAUAAUCCUCGGACACCAUGCAUUGAAUGUCUUCAAUACAAACUACGUUUAUUCGAAGGUUAUAAUGUACAACUUUUCAAGAAUGGUUCUUUGUAUCCAGACAAUGACUGUUGCGAUGUCUCUUCCAAAAAACUACAUACUUGAGAAAUGGCAGUCGAUAUUUGUUCUUGUUGGCGUAGUAGGCAUAAUCAAAUGCUCGUUUUCCUUUGGGUUGGUAUACCUUUUCACCAAUUACAACAUGCCAAUAUCAUGGUCGUUGGCUUCUUCUCUGACCCCUACAGAUCCCAUUCUCAGCUCCAGUAUAAUACAUGGGAAACUUGCAAUGAAAAUGGUUCCCGAAAGAAUAAGAUUGCUCCUUGCAGCAGAGAGUGGAAUAAACGAUGGGAUGGGAAUUUUCCUUCUCUUCCUUGGACUUGACUUGCUUAGUCUCGGACCUGAGAAGGGGAUUUACCCAUUUGUUGUCAACAACUUGCUUAUUAGAGUCUUUUUAUCCGCUUUGAUAGGACUUUCUGCCGGAAUUCUUUCAAGACAGAGCUUGAAGUACUGCUAUACAAAGAGACUGGUGGGUGUGGAAUCCUUUCUUGCCCACAGUGUGAUUCUUACUGUGUUUUCAAUAGCACUUAUGGAGUUCAUCGGUGGAAGUGAACUUAUAUGCAUAUUCUUCGCGGGAAUAAUGUUUUCCUUUGAUGAAUGGUUUGUAUUAGAGACUAAGAACUCAAAUCUCCAAGAAAUAACGGACACCGUCCUUAGCACUUCGUUCUUCUUAUUUUUCGGUUCAAGAAUAGAUUUUCGAAGAUUUACGCUGUCGAAUGUAAUUGUUUCACUUGUCAUUCUCUUUGUCAGGAGGCCUAUCAUAUGCUACCUAAUCUAUCGCCAAAUUCCAGAGCUGAGGUCUCGGAGAGAAGCUCUGUUUGUUGGAUGGUUUGGGCCUGUAGGAGUUGGAGCGCUGUACUAUGCACUUCUUACAGACAAAAUCCAAGAGACUCUUACGAUAGAUUUUGUAAGCUGCACAGUGUUUCUGAGCGUAGUGAUACACGGUCUGACUGUUCCAAUAUAUACUUACAUGAAAAGAGAGAGACUAGACUCUGACUACGAGGGACAGGCUCGUUCUGAGAUCUUCUAA